AUGCCCCGCGACUCCCUCGAACUCGCCUCCCUCGCCUCUUCCAGCCCCCCGUCCUCCGGCGAAAGCCCUUCCAACCCUCCCUCCUCCCGACCCUCCCUCUCCUCCUCCCGCCGGGCCUCUCUCGAAGCAGAUGACCCCCUCGACUCGGCUAACCCAGCCCGCGCCAUCGCUGCCGCCCGCGCCCGCUCCUACUCCGUCGCGUCCACCUUUGACUUUGCGUCCAACCUCUUCCCUUUGAGCUCAACUGCCGGGGCAGGGUAUGCACCACUGGGGGUACCAACGUCCGCGACGUUCGCUGGGACGGGCGGGUUGGGAGGGGCGUCGCUGGAGAAGCAUAAGACGUUGACGUAUCUGAAUGGGUUGAGUCUAAUUGUCGGGCUGAUUAUCGGGAGUGGGAUAUUCUCGAGUCCGAGCCAGGUGAACUCGAAUGCGGGUUCGCCUGGGGCGGCGUUGAUUGUGUGGGUUGUUGCUGGGGUGUUGGCGUGGACGGGAGCGGCGAGUUACGCGGAGCUUGGGGGUACGAUACCACUUAACGGUGGCGCGCAAGUGUAUCUGAGCAAAAUAUUUGGGGAGCUGGCAGGUUUUUUGUUUACGUGGGUGGCCGUGUUGGUGCUGAAGCCGGGCGGGGCUGCGAUCGUCGCUAUUAUUAUGGGUGAGUAUCUGGUCAGGGCCGUGGUCGGCGCUGACGCGGCGAGUGUCAGUCCGUGGGUGAAUAAAGGGGUUGCGAUUGUGGGAUUGGGGUUGGUUACGUUUCUGAAUUGUGUGUCGACCAAGGUGGGCACCAGGAUAAAUGAUAUGUUGAUGUUUAUGAAGUUUGUGGCAUUGAUUGGAGUUACGGUUAUUGGGAUUGUUGUAGCCGUGACGGGAUACUCCCACUCGGGGAAGGCGAACCACGAUUGGAAGGACCAUGCGUGGUUUGAUGGCACAAAGCUGGAUGCUUCGGCUUGGGCGGUGGCGCUCUACGCUGGGUUAUGGGCGUAUGACGGCUGGGAUAAUACCAACUACGUCGUAGGCGAAUUCCGCCACCCCGGCCGAGACCUCCCCCGUGUCAUCCACACCGCCAUGCCACUCGUCAUCGCCUGCUACAUCCUCGCCAACGUGUCCUACUUCUUCGUGCUCCCCUUCGAUACCAUUAACUCAUCCAACACGGUCGCCGUAAAAUUCGGCUCGCAGGUCUUUGGAACCAUUGGCGCCCUCAUCUUCGCGCUAAUCGUCUCAGCGUCCUGUUUCGGCGCGCUCAACUCCUCGACUUUUACCUCCUCGAGAUUGGUGUACGUCGCCGGAAAGGAGGGGUACAUCCCCUCCGUGUUUGGCAGACUCGGGUUGAGAGACGGGCAGGAUCUGCAUGCGUCUACCCCCCCGGGGCAUGGCAGAAGUGGGAUUUUGUCCCGCAUCCGCGCAAAGCUGGUGAAAUGGCUAGCCGACGACGAAGACACAGGCCUCUUCUUCACCCCGAUCCCCGCACUAGCACUUAAUUUCCUCCUUACCACAGGCUACAUCCUCGUCGGCGAGUUUUCUACACUCCUCACCUUCUACGGCGUAGCAGGAUACACCUUCUACUUCCUGACCGUUCUCGGCCUCAUCGUCCUGCGCGUGCGUGAGCCACAGUUAGAGAGACCCUACAAAACGUGGAUCACGACGCCAAUCAUCUUUUGCUGUGUGAGUCUGUUCUUGCUCAGCAGGGCGGUGUUUGCGCAGCCGUUGCAGACGCUGAUUGUCGUGGCAUUUGUUGUGGCGGGCGUGCCGGUCUAUUUCAUUAGGGUGAAUGGGUUUAUUAGUAGGCGGGGCGGGAGACGUAGGGGGAGACGGGUUGUGGAUGAGGAUGCCGAGAGUGAGAAGGAAGGGCGGGGGAGAUGGUGGGCUUUUUGGAGGAGGUCAUGA